CACAACAACAAUAAAAUGCUAAGGAUGCUAAUGCUGGUAAUAUUGCAGCCAGGAUUGAUUAUUGUUGUUGUUUGUGACCACUGAAAACCUGUCAGGGGUAAACUGAGACGGGCCUUGAGCACAGAGCGUCCCCGGGCUGCUUUAGUGUAUGGAAUGAGCAGAGAGUGUAUAUUGUUCCAGUGAACAGAGUGCAGAGUAAAGACACAGUUGUAGACCCUGCACACACUGAUGUCCGGCUUUUAGAGAACAACAGUGGAGAAGACGUGAGCAGGACUAUUAAACCACGCGGGAAUGAAACAGACUGCAGGUGUCCAGAUGCCCUCCCUGAGUCCUGGUCCUGGUCUGAAACAGGACAUUAAAGAGGAGCCAGAAGAACGGAGCAUCAAACAGGAGGAAGAACAGCCAGGUAGCACUGGUGUCCUUGUUUCCUCCCUGAGUCCUGGUCCUGGUUCGAAACACAACUUCCCAGAGACGCCACAGAUUAAAGAGGAGCCAGAAGAACAGAGCAUCAAACAGGAGGAAGAGCAGCUGCGAAUAUGUGUCCCAGAGUCCAGUGCUGUGUGUGUGAAGACUGAAGAGCCCUUACUGCUUCAACAAACUGAGCCUAAAGAGGAGAAAGAAAGAGAGGACAUCAGGGAAGAGACACAUGUCCACAGACAGGACACACAGGGAGAGGACAUCAGGGAAGAGACAGAGACUGAGGAAGACACAGAGCACUCUUCUGAUACUGACAGUGAUGAAGACUGGAGAGCUCCAUUCAGCACCACUGUGCCAAAACACCAGGCUGAAAGAAAGAAACACCAAUGUUCAGUGUGUAAAAAGAGGUUUGGAACUGUAAAGGAACUACAAAGACACACUAGAGUCCAUACAGGAGAGAAACCAUUCAGCUGUUCAGUGUGUAACAAAGCCUUUGCCGUAAAGGUUAAUCUUACAGCACACAUGAGAACACACACAGGUGAAAAACCUUUCAGCUGUCCAGUCUGUAAGAAAGCAUUUACCCAGAAGAGUCAGCUUGUAGUCCAUACGAGGACACACUCAGGAGACAAACCUUACAGCUGUUCAUUCUGUAUGAAAUCAUUUGCCCGGAAAAGUAAUCUUACAGUGCACAUGAGAAUACACACAGGAGAGAAACCAUUCAGCUGUUCAGUCUGUGAGAAAAGUUUUACUUAUUCCUCGAACCUCAAAUAUCAUGAAGCUGAGCACCGAGGGGAAACACGGAAAACAGGAACAGCUGAAAGGAAGGAGCACCAGUGCACUGUAUGUAAUAAGAGAUAUCGUUCUAGAUUUGAUUUAGAAAGGCACAUUAGAGCUCACUCUGGAGAAAAACCAUUCAGCUGUUCAGUCUGUAAUAAAACAUUUACCCAAAAGAGCAGUCUUUCAGUGCACAUGAGAAAUCACACAGGAGUCAAGCCUUACAGCUGUUUAAUCUGUAAAAAAACAUUUACCCAAAAGAGUAAUCUUACAACACACAUGACAACACACACAGGAGACAAGCCUUACACCUGUCCAGUGUGUAAGAAGGCCUUCUCUAUUAAACAUUGUCUUUUAACACAUGUGAGAAUACACACAGGUGAGAAACCUUUCAGCUGUUCAGUAUGUAAGAAAGCAUUUGCCCAAAAGAGUAAUCUUGUAGCGCACACAAGGACACACACAGGAGAGAAAUCUUUCAGGUGUUCAGUUUGUAAAAAAAUAUUUGCCUUAAAGGGCAGUCUUGCUGUACACAUGAGGAGACACACAGGUGAAAAACCUUUCAGGUGUUCAAUCUGUAAGAGAACAUUUGCCCAAAAGGCACAACUGAUUGCACACACAAGAACACACACAGGAGAAAAACCCUUCAGCUGUUCAAUCUGUGAGAAAACAUUUGCUCGAAAGCAUCAACUCACCGUCCACAUGAGAACGCACACAGGUGAAAAACCUUACAGCUGUUCUAUCUGUGGGAAACGUUUUGCUACAAGCUCCAAUGUGAAAAGUCAUGAGUUUUGUCAUAAAAUACGGAAGAGCAGACUGUGAGCGGGCCUUUCACCAUCACCACUACACUGCAGAACACUGUAUCAUAGUUUUUCAGGGCUCAAAAAUCAAAAUGAGAAAUUGAUUUAAAGUGUAAAAACUGAUGAAACAAAUGAUCCUCGUUUUGUGUUUAAUGUGGUGUUACAACUGCUCUAAAGAGCCUGGAAUUCUGUGGUCAAAUGAACUGUCGCCAGUAAAAGGUUUUAUGGCAAA